CGAAGGAGAUCCUGAGGGACGUGGACCUGGAGCUACUCCGCCGUAUUCGGCCUCUCGGGGAUCGUCCUGGUCCCCGGGGGCCGUCCAAGAAUAGCUCGGGAUGAAAAGUUGGUCCCAGGGCAUCCGUGGCCAUUUUGGCUCGAGCCGUUUAGCGCCGAGCACUCCUCGCGGCACCGCCCGCACGCCCCCGCCCCUCGGCAUACCCCUCGCAGGCCCCGCGAUGGCCCGCUCCGCGUCCCUGCUGCUGGCCUGCGCCGUCGCGGCCGCUGCCGCCCUGCUGGUGGGCUCCCUCGCGCUGUCCUUCGUCGGCGCCUCCCCGGCGGGGCUUCGCGCGGGCCAGCGCGCCCCCUCGGUGGAGAUGCAGUUCUUCGGCGGCCCGCCGGUGACGACCACCCCUCCGCCGCCCGCGGGCUUCAGCCUGGGGGGCGUGGGCGGGAACAACUACGUGAUCUCGAUCACCAUCCUCUUCUUCGGCUCCGUGCUCGCGAACGCCAACGGCUUCUUCGGGCCGUGGUGAGGGUGUUCCCGCGAGGCAGAGGGCUGCGCUGCGGGAUAAGUCAGCAGCAUUUUCGGAUCGGCUGAGCGCGCGUCUUGCAAUUUCUGCGGGGGGCAGGCGUUUUCGACGGCCUGUUGGCGCGCGACAGUACGCUUUUAUGAAAUUAUGCUAACGGAGUUCCCCACAUAAGGAUGAUACGAGGUUGGCAGGAUCACGGGAGCAUAAAAGCAGUGCCAAACAAUGAAGGCCUAUGAUGUCCAUGUA